AUGUCUGAGCAUCCCUCCAAGAUCUCCGGCCGUCGGCCGUCGAUGACCAAACCUGUGCCGCCGCCUGCCCCAAGAAAGGCGCAAGCCACGGUCAAGAAGUCGCAAGCUGGGGCGCAUAAACCACACGUCUCAGGAAACAAGGCGCACAUAAUCUCUAUACAGAAGCCUCAAGCGGCCUCAAGCAUGAUCGAGAUCGAGGCUCCAGAAGAAGCAUCUCAGAUCGUGGCGGGCAGCAGCGACAACAAGCCAGAAACUACUUCCGCCGAUUCCCUGGCCGUUGACAUCGCGUCUUUGACGCUCGAUACCCCCAUCAUCGAACUUCGAAAGAAGCCACCGCGUGUCCCGGCAACGCCAUUUCACUUCCUUUCUCUGCCCUCAGAACUGCGCGUCAGGAUUUACGAAUACUACUUUGACGAAAACGAAAACGUCCUGGACCUCUCCCCAGACAACUACAAGCGCUACCACAAGCGGCUCGGCCUCAUGCGCGUCUGCAAGCUGCUCCGCGACGAGGCAACCUACUUCUUCUACGGCACCCGAACCUUUCGCAUUUUCCCCACAUAUCCCGGCAAAUACUUCAAGAGCAAGAAACCCAUCCUCGCCCGUCUCAAGCCCCGCCAGCGCGAAUGCAUCACCUCUUUGGAAUUGCGCCUCGGUCCGGGGUGGAAUGCGCCACCCAAGGGGUGGGCUGUCAACGAUGCGCUGGGGCUAAAGGACUGCGUCAAUGUGCACACGCUCAAGGUCCUAGUGGAAUGCGACCCCAGCGACAACAUCUUCAAGGGCUUCCGUCGCUCCGAGGGCUUUUACGAGAAAUUCAGCCGUCAGCUUCUUGCCAGCGUUCUUGAGGCGCUGCCGGCGGUGAAGGCUGUUGAGUUCGACGCCUGGUCUAGCGUCAAGAAAUCGGGCGCUAUGAUGACUGGCCUUUUCAAGGUGGUGACCGAAAAGGAAGGCUUAUCGAUCCAAUGGGGACCAGAUCGCGGCUGGACUGAUGCAGAGGAAGAAGAACCUGUGGUGACGGUUGGGCCAGAUCCUAAUAGGCCAAUCGAGACCGUUCCGAUCCAGGGGUUCGGAAACGCACACAACAUUGGUUUAAUGGUUGUGGCGUAA